UGGCCUCGACCGGGGCGAGCAAUGUUUCUGAAACGAAAAUGCCGCAAGAGAAACGCGUCCACGAGUCCACCAGGCGGCAACGAGCCCUCGAGACUCUGGUCAUCUUCCGCCGGAGUCUCAUCUACCAGACGAAGGAAUUCUUCCAGAACUCCACCCUUCAUGGCGUUCGCUACAUUGCCGAAACGGGUCGUCCCAUCGGUGAGAAGUUCAUGUGGUUCUGCUUCACAUCGAUUGGUGCCGUCACCGCUCUGGUCAUCAUCAUGAGCCUGUGGGAGAAGUUCCAAACGAAUCCGACCAUCACCGGUCUGGACACGGACUUUCACAACCAGAAUGUCGUCUUUCCCACAACAAUUGUCUGCCCGGAGGCGGCCUUCGAUCAUGAAAAGUCCUAUGCGGCGGUCUACAAAAGUUUGGCGAACUAUGACGAUACACACGCACAGAUGUUUGCCCCAUUCUUAGAGCUACUCACAUCGCUCAACUUCGGCAACAUUCGCGACGCCAAGGUGCUGUCCGAGUCGAUACCCAAGGACCAACUGGAGGAGCACACCAUCAGGCAGUGGGCGUUCGAGGGCCACAUCAGUUGCGAGAAUACCUUCGUGUCGUGCAAGUAUCGCGACGAGGACAUACCCUGCUGCGAUCACUUCGAGCCCAUCUAUACGGAGCACGGCUUCUGCUAUGCCUUCAACAGUCGCUUCAAGUCCACGGCCACCGAAGACAUCAAGACGGGAGCCCCGCACGAUCUCUACGAGACGGACAAGAAGUGGGCCCUCUUCUUUGUGCCCAACAGCACCUCCAGGAUUUUCAUCUUUUCGAAUGAGGAGUACUUUGGAUCGGACUUCAAUGCACAGAUCGACUGGUCCGAGAGCCAGCUGGUGGAGGUGCGGAUCUCCAAGAAGAACACCUACACCACGGACGAUGCCCGCCAGCUGUCCAUCGGCCAGCGAAAGUGCAUCUUCAGCGAUGAGGUGAAGCUCAACUACUUUCCGGACGUGUACACGUUCUCCUCCUGCAUGAAGCAGUGCCGCAUGAACAAGGCAAUCAAGCUGUGCAAGUGCAAUCCACCCUUUUACAAGCCCAUAAACAACGUUCCCAUGUGCAUGGUCAAGGACUUUGACUGCCUCGACGAGUUCAAGGCGAAUAUUACCAACAUCAAGGACUGCUUGCAGUGCGAGCUCAGCUGCUCCAAGACUGUGUUCAACAUUGACAAGCUAAUCAAGAUAAUGGAUCGACCCGAGAGUACGGGAGUACUGGUCGAGUUCCUCACAUGGCCCAUCAUCCGCUACAAGCGUGAGGUUCUCUUCGGCUGGGUGGAUCUGCUGGUGUCCUUCGGGGGCAUUGCCAGUCUCUUCCUUGGCUUUUCGCUGCUAUCUGGCGUUGAGAUCAUUUACUACUUCACGCUGCGCGCCUGCUGCAUGGUCUACAAGAAUCGCCAAGAGCUAUACGAGAUCGAGGAGCGCAUUCGUAAAGAGCCUCCCCCAUCGAUUGAUCUCCAGCUGCGGCUCAAGUCGCAUUCAACACUGAGGAUGGGCACCCCUUCCACCUCGGCCGUGCUGCAGGUGAAGCCCGUGGGGGAGGCAGGCGGGGGAUCUCAGCGAAAACACGAAAUGAGCUUUUAUAACCACACAAAGAAUUUGUAUCGCAGCCCCAAAGUUUUGCCCGAUCAUGGGUAUGGAUCCACCACCAUGAAAUCUUGGAAAGCGUCCGAUCAGGCACAGUAUAUUCCUUGAGUUUCGUGAAUUGAAAGCAAUCGAUAACAGCCUUCGAUGACAGCACAGUAGUAUUUUCCAAUCGAUAACAGCCUUCGA